GUCUACUUCCCCAACUACUAAUCUUUCUAAAAUUCAGUUGGUUGAAGAUCCCUCAAUAUGGCUUCUAAAGCGUUAUUGUUAUUUGUUGUACUCAUAUUUCUGUUGGUAAUUGGAAUAGAAGGGAGGAUACUUUUGGAUAAUUCAAAGAGUAAAGAUGGUGAGAGCAACGAUCUUUUGCGACGGUUAGGUUACAAUGUUUCUGAACUAACGCGUAUUGGUCGAGAGCUUUCCGUCCGAAACAAAGUGGAUAGGUUUUCUCCCGGAGGGCCUGAUCCUCAACAUCACUCUUAUCCUUUGUCUUCAAAACCCUAAUUUGACUAGAGUAUGUGUUGCACCCUGUCAUGUAUAAUAAUAUUAUUUAAUAUUAUUACUAUUUCACGUCAAUUACUGUAGACUUCCGGAGUCAGUGUGAUAUUUGAUAUAUUAUAAUUAAGCUGCAAGAUGGAGGGGUCUCCUGAAGUGUACUUGUAAUAAAAUUUAAUGACUCGAUAUUAUUCUUCA